AAAGAAUUUUUCAGAAUAAAAAAAACAGCAAGCUAAAUUGAAUUUUUCAUUUUUUUCUCUUCAUUUUCCGUAUCAAACACCAACAGCAAACGCGACUAGUCAAUGAAAGCCAUAAAACGUUAUAUUUGUGUAUUAUUUACAAUAUUCAUUGUAUAUAUUGUUUAUCGUUCAUUAUUGUUAUUAUUGAUUAAAAAUGAUCCAAAUGGAUAUUUUAAUAUUUGGUUUCGUGACCAUUGUUCAACAACAAUAUUGUCGAAUGAUUUACAAAAAAAUUUUACAUUACCAUCGAUAUCAUUAUUAUCAUCGAAAAAAUUAUUAUCAAAUGGAGAAAUUUUUUAUGGCCAAAAAACAUUCCAUGACCAAUGACGACAACGAUGAUGAUGAUGAUGAUGAUGAUCAUAAGACCGGAUUAAAUUGUAGAAUGGAUUCGGAUUGUUUUGAUUUUAAUCGAUGUCCACAUGGUGAUGAUAUUCGUAUAUACAUCUAUCCACAUGAUAGUGAACAUACUAGUGUUUUAUUUCGUAAAAUUGUUACAUUCAUCAAACAAUCUAAAUAUUAUGAAUCGGAUCCAAAUAAAGCCUGUUUGUUUAUAUCCAAUAUGGACACAUUGGAUCGUGAUCGUCGUUCAUAUAAUUUUCAUAAAUAUUCAAUCGAAUCAUCGAUAGAUAAAUUAUUACUACAUGAAGGUCGUAAUCAUUUAAUGUUUAAUCUUUAUUCUGGUUCAUGGCCCGAUUAUGUUGAAUUGGAUUUUUCCGGAAUCGAAUAUCCAAAAUAUGCUAUAUUGAUUAAAGCAUCAAUGUCAUAUGAAAAUUAUCGUCCAGGUUUUGAUGUAUCAUUUCCAUUAUUCAUGGAAAAUCAUCCAGAUCGUGGCCCACAACAACAACAACAGCAACAACAACAAUUUCAAAAUCAUCGUCAUCAUGUUGAAACCAUAAACGAAGAUAAAGUUAAAUCAACAAAAUAUCUAAUGGUAUUCAAAGGAAAACGUUAUACAUACGGUAUUGGUGGUGAAACACGAAAUUCAUUAUAUCAUCUUCAUAAUGGAAAUGAUAUUCAUAUUUAUACAACAUGUAAACAUGGUAAAAAAUGGAAAGAAUUUGUCGAUGAACGUUGUGAUCAAGAUAAUGCUGAAUAUGAUAAACAUGAUUAUCAAAUAAUGAUGAAAAAUUCAACAUUUUGUCUAGUGCCAAGAGGUCGACGAUUAGGAUCAUAUCGUUUUCUUGAAGCAUUAAGUUUUGGUUGCAUUCCAAUCGUCCUAAGUAAUUCAUGGGUAUUACCAUUUAGUGAAAUUAUUGAUUGGCCAUCAGCUGUUGUUAUGGGUGAUGAACGUCUUGUAUUUCAGAUUCCUGAUCAUAUUCGUUCAUUAUCACGUUUUGAAAUUGAAUCAAUGAGAUUACAAGGAAUAUUUCUAUACAAUAAUUAUUUCUCAUCAAUCAAUCGAAUCCUGAUGACAACCAUAUCGAUAAUUGAAGAUCGUAUCAAUACACAUUGGUGUCAUGAAACAUUCCAAUGGAAUGUUGCAAAUAAAUCACCACUAACACCAUUAUGGAUAGAUCAACGUUAUAAUAAUAUGAUUGAAUCAUUUCCACAAUAUGGAUCGAUGAUGAUUGAUAAACAUGGUGCACGUGGUUUCACUGCCAUUAUUGCCGUAUCAAGAGUUAUUUCAUAUUAUCAAUUGAAUAAAUUUCUACGUGCAAGCUUGUUGUCAUCGAAAUUUGUACGACGAAUCUUAAUAUUAUGGUCAUUACGAACGGCUGUAUUUAAACAAUUGUUACAUUUACAAUCAACACAUCCGUCCCUUAUUUUGAUUGAAAUAUCAUCAACCAAUAAUAAUGAACAACAAUCAUCGAUGAAUAGUAAUCGUUUUACUUGUUGUUUCAAUCAUACUGCCGUUACGACAGAUGCCAUCUUUCAUUUUGAUCCAGAAAGUAAUCUUAUUACCGAAGAAAUUGAUUUUGCCUAUCUAGUUUGGGAAUCAUUCUCCGAACGAUUGAUUGGUUUCAGUGCUCGUGAUCAUUAUUUUGAUAAUGCAAAAAACCAAUGGACCUAUACAUCAAAAUGGACAAAUCAAUAUUCAAUCAUUUUAUUUGAUGCAGUUAUCUAUCAUAAGUAUUACAAUUAUCUUUAUUAUGAACAUAUUUAUUUGAAAAAUAUAAAUUCCACUUGGAAUUUCGAUGAAGAAUGUUCUGGUUUAGCAUUCAAUUUUCUCAUCAGCCAUAUAAUACGUGAAAGUCCAUUGAAAGUAACACAGAGGAAAAAAACCAUUUCCGGUGGCACAUUAUUCGAUUCAUGGUUAGCGUGGAUUGAUCGAAAAUCUUGUUUUCAAAAAUUAAUCAAAUUCUAUGGUUAUAUACCGUUGAUAAAAUCCAAAAUUCGUUUCGAACCAUUAUUAUAUAAAGAUGUUGUUAGUUCUAUGCGUAAAAAAUAUCGUAAAUUAGAAAUGAUUGUUUGAAGAAUGAUAAUUUUGAAAGGUAAAAAAACGUGGCCAGACAAUCAAUCGAUCGGAAAACAUUCUCAUGAUUUUUUUUUGUUCAAGUUGAAGUUGUUAAUAACACUGUGUUUUAUGUUGUAUUUA